ACCCUGUUAAACUUCCUCUCUCAGCCACACAGGAAGCUGAGCAGAUCAAGGGCCCAGCCCCAAGCAAGCACAGGCUCCCCCCAGCCCCAGGAGCCCUGGGGGGAAAGGGCCCAACUGGGCCAGCCCUGCGGAGACCAUGGAAUCCACAGAGAAAAGGCAUCCCCCUGCUGUGUUUGACUGGUUCUUUGAAGCUGGCCGUCCCCACUCCUUGGAGGAGGAUCCCCCCAUCCUGCGGCAGUUCCCUCCAGACUUCCGGGAACAGGAAGCUAUGCAGAUGGUGCCCAAGUUCUGUUUCCCUUUUGAUGUAGAAAGGGAGCCGCCCAGCCCUGCCGUCCAGCAUUUCACCUUCGCCCUCACUGACCUAGCGGGCAACCGUAGAUUCGGCUUCUGCCGCCUGAGAGCCGGUGCGUGGAGCUGCCUCUGUAUCCUAAGCCACCUUCCCUGGUUUGAAGUGUUCUACAAGAUUCUCAAUACUGUGGGGGACCUCCUAGCCCAGAACCAAGUCUCAGAGGCUGAAGAACUCCUACAGAACUUGCAGCGACACCCCCUUCCUGGUCCCCUUUCAGAAGGACCAAAAAUGGAUAGCAGCACCGCCAUCUGGAGCGAGUGUGGCAUCUUACCUCCCGCCCUGCGGAAUAACAAGCUGCUCUCUUGUUUUGUGGCCCCGGAUUCUGCCGGCCUGCCAUCUAUUCCUGAAAAUAGGAAUCUUACUGAGCUGGUGGUUGCAGUGACGGAUGAGAACAUCGUGGGGCUCUUCGCGGCGCUGCUGGCUGAGAGGAGGGUCUUGCUCACAGCGAGCAAGCUCAGCACUCUGACAGCCUGUGUUCAUGCGUCCUGUGCUCUGCUGUAUCCCAUGCGCUGGGAGCACGUUUUGAUCCCCACACUGCCCCCACACCUACUGGAUUACUGCUGUGCGCCCAUGCCCUACCUCAUUGGAGUCCACGCCAGUCUCUCUGAGAGAGUUCGGGAGAAAGCACUGGAAGAUGUUGUGGUGCUGAACGCCGAUUCUAACACUCUGGAGACGCCCUUUGACGAUGUGCAAGCGCUGCCUCCUGAUGUGGUAUCCCUGCUGAGGUUUCGGCUAAGAAAAGUUGCGCUGAGCCCCGGGGAAGGGGUGUCCCGUCUCUUCCUCAAAGCCCAGGCCCUGCUCUUUGGAGGGUACCGCGAAGCGCUUGUCUGCACUCCGGGUCAGCCGGUGACGUUCAAUGAGGAAGCCUUCUUGGCUCAGAAGGUCGGGGCGCCCCUGCAGGCCUUCCACAAAAGAGCAGUGCACCUGCAGCUGUUCAAGCAGUUCAUCGAAACCCGACUGGAGAAACUCAACGCUGGAGAAGGCUUCUCAGACCAAUUUGAGCAGGAGAUUAUUGCCUGCUGUGGGGCUUCUUCAGGCGCCCUUCGAUCCUACCAGCUCUGGGUAGAUAGUCUUAAGAAAGGCAGUGAUGCCCUCCUGCAUUCAGUGAAGGCUAAAACCCGACCAGCUGUCAGGAACAUGUACCUAUCGGCGAAGAGUGGCUUGAAAGGUGUGCAGAACCUGCUCAUGAUUAAGGAUGGAGACUCUGGCCUGCAGAGGGGGGGCUCCCUGAGAACCCCAAGCCACAUCAGCCGCUCAGAACGCCUGCAACAGCGCCUUCCUAUCAGCCAGCACUUUGGACAGAACAGGCCCCUGCGCCCUAGCAGGAGAGUCAAGCGGGAAGGGGCACCUUCCGAACCCCUGGGAGAGAGGAGCCCCGUCUUGAGCCCGAAGGAUGCUCAGAGUCCCUGGGCAGAGGAAACUUUAGACGGCAGCUUUCUGGGGUCGGGAGAAGAACUGGAUCUCCUGGGCGAGAUACUAGACAGUCUGAGUGUGGAAACCAAGAGUGGCGGGCGGCUGAGGGCCAGCCAGAGUCUGAACUGCUGUCAGCAAGGAGCCUCGGAGAGCUGUUUCAGCCUGCCUGACAUCCCAGCAAGGUUGCCAUGGCAACUAGAUGAGGAAGAGCAAUCCCCUGAACCGCAGCCCUGGUCCCUGCCAUCUCUGCAGGACAGCCCGUCUUUAGAGGAAGUAAGCUACUCAAAGAACUCCUGCUCUCAGGCGUCCUCAGACAUCUCGCUGCCACCGCCACCUGCAUCUUCAGCCACUUCAGCAGAUCCCAGCAGCCAAGAGGACCCCAAAUCCUCUCCUCUCACAGAGCUGGAUCCUGGAACCCCACAAAGCCCUCGCUCCAGGCUCCUCACAGUCCCCACUCAGCCUGGUCCUCCAGAAAGCCCCCAACUUCUUGUCCCCACAGAGCCCAACUCUGAUGGUGUCUGGACAUUACAAUCCAGUCAGUCUCCCUCACACUCCAAUUCUCCAGAGGACCCCAGAAAACAUCCUCCCCAGGCCCUGCUGGGUCAGGCUCACAUCCAACCCCUCAAGGAGCUAGGAGCCCUCACUUCUAACAUCUCUCAGAUAAGCAACCAGCAAGCACCCCAGGCCAGGCAACCUCGAGUUGCUGAUCUAAAGAAGCAUUUUGAAAACUGAGAUCAGAG